AUCUCGCAUCUCUCCUCCUCAUCCUCAACGCUCUCGCGGUCUAGCUGUCGGUCCCAGCUUCUUCUCGAUAACCAGUCAUACAACUCGACUGUGAUCCGCGGGUGAGUGGUGUGCUUUUCGUGUCUCAAUAAUGGCGGACGUGUCAGGCAACGUGCUGAAGCGGCCUCAUCCCGAGGACGAAGACAAUAACUCACAGAAAAGAUCCCGCUCCAAUCAUGGCUCUCCAGCUCCAGCACAAGGAGGCCCUGCCUCUGGCAAGGUCGACAUUGAAAAGAUGGUGGCCGAGGCACGAGCAAAGGCAGAAGCAGUGCGCGCCAGGCUUCAAGCUGCGAAAGGCGCAAGCCCAGCCCUGACACCAGCAGCGCCAACCCCUAGUGUCACACCACCAUCGGCCAGUCCUGCUAUGUCUAGGCUGGAGCAAAUGAAAGCAAGAGUGGCAGCAGCAACAGGGAGAGCCAGCACGGCGGCUCAGCCAAGAACGCACACUCCUGCCCCGACUUACCAGCCGCCAGCUCUUGAUGAUGAAGGUUCUUCGCGAGCUCGCGGUGGUUUAGAUGUCGGUCUUCAUCCCGCUUUGCUUUCAGAUACCACUCCAGAUUUCCGGGGCGGCAAAGGGCGGCAGGCCUCGCAGCAAAAGUUUGGAAACCGGCGGGUCGAGUCGCCGAUGCCUGAGAGACAAGAGAAAGCCGGGCUUGAUCUUUCAGGACCUUCACUCGACGAAAUCAGAAAUAAUCCUUAUUACGAUCCGAACCUCGGCCCCAAAGCCACAAUUGCGAAACCACGACAAACGCGACAGCUCCUUUUCAACCAGAAAGGAAAGUAUAUACAACAGGCGGCUGCUCUACGUCGACAGGCUCAGCUGGAGGCUAUGAAGAAACGCAUUGCGGAGAGGGCAAGACAAGCUGGUAUUGAUGAAGAUCUGGAUGUGGAAAAGGCAUUUCUUGUGCCUGCUCCGCCGGCAAUUGAAUGGUGGGAUGAAGGUCUGGUAGACGGACCCGACUAUUCUGCGAUUGAAGACGAGAAGAACCUCAAGAUCGACACCCCAGAUUCCAUAGUCACUCUCUAUGUUCAGCACCCUGUCCUCCUUGAUCCUCCCCAGGACAAGCACAUGCCUGCUCAAAAACCUAUGUAUCUUACACACAAGGAACAAGCUAAGAUCCGUCGACAGCGAAGAAUGGCCGACCUCAAGGAGCAGCAAGCGAAGAUCAGAUUAGGUCUAGAACCUGCGCCUCCACCGAAGGUCAAGAAGUCCAAUCUCAUGCGAGUUCUGGGUGAACAAGCAGUCAAAGACCCCACGGCCGUUGAAGCCCGUGUGGGCCGGGAGAUCGCGGACCGUCGUACACAGCACGAAGCUGCCAAUCAAGAACGUAAAUUGACCAAGGAAGAGCGUCGAGAGAAGCUCGCAAGUCAGCAGGAGAAGGAUGCUGAAAAGGGAAUUUUCGUGUCUGUGUAUCGAAUUGACAGCCUUGCUAAUGGACGCAAUCGCUUCAAGAUCAGCAAAAAUGCGGAACAGAAUGCUCUUUCUGGCGUCUGCGUCAUGAACCCCCGGUUCAAUCUGGUCGUUGUCGAGGGAGGUGCCCACUCGAUCAACGCUUACAAGAAACUCAUGAUGAACCGAAUCGACUGGACAGAAAAUGCUGGUCCAGGAGCUGUACGAGAGGGUAACCGUGAAGCUUCAGCAGCGUGGUUAGCCGCUGAAGACGAAAAAACGGGUGACUUGAAAGAUCUCAGCACCAAUACCUGCACCCUCUUGUGGGAGGGUCAGGCUAAGGGUCGCUCUUUCAGAAAAUGGCUUGGUGCCCGUGUGUGCGAAAGCGACACGCAAGCAAAGGACGUUUUGGCUCGAGCGAAGAUGGAAAACUUUUGGGUUCUAGCGAAGAGCUCAAAGCAGAGUGAAUCGUGAGUUUGUGGGCAAUGCAAGUAGUCAAUUCUGCCUUUAUACAAAACCGAAUACCCAAUACAAAUAAAGGCAAGUAUCAUGAUUAUCGCGAAGUUUUCUGGUAGAUGGAUGAUAUGCUCAUGUAUAGUAAGCAAUAAUAUUUUAUUCAAACACACUUCUCACAUAAAUUAUGU